GGGUGUGGCCCGGAGGACCCGACUAAAACACAUCGGAGAAGGCGUGGGGCGCUCCUCUCUGCCUGCCGGUCUCUUGAGAACUCUAGACGCACCAGUGGGAAGUGUCUAUCGAGGCGCGCUUAAUCGCCAGAGCUCAUUUGCCUCGGUCGAAGGCCUCAAAUCUAAAGCCCAAAUCUCGAAUUCAAACCCAUCUUUUGAAUUUGUGCUCUUGUUGGAAUCGUUUCCUCGAUCAAUUCAUCUCUUCUUUGGUCAACAGUUGAAGAUCAUCGUCGCUGAGAACGGAAAAGCGAUCUCAGGGCACAUCGAGGAUAUCUCAUCUAAGGCAAAACUUUGGAACUUGGAUCUUUGUGUGUUGGAAGUUGGAACUUAACCAUACAUGAUGUGAUCCAUAAUUAUAAGACAAAUGGGCAAGAUUAGUUUUCAUAUUGUCAAGUAUUCUUUUGAAUAGAGGGUGGGCCUUGGAUCCACGGUAAGGUUGCUGCUUUGUUACUGGUUGGUCUUGGGUUUGAGUCCAAGGAAACAGCCUUUCUGCAUAAAGGCUGGGGUAGGGCUGCGCACAGUGUGAUGACCCCCCCACCUCUUGGCAGAGCAGGGAGCUUUGUGGCCUGACGGCACCCCGUUUUUAACCUAAAAAAUCGUAGUUUUGGUGGUCAAAGAAAUAAAAAGGCAUAUUCUCAACUUUGUUUUAGUUCCAUUUGGACGCUGUGAGAUGGCGGACAAAUCCUGUAUUAAGCGCCUUCAGAAGGAAUACAGAGCACUUUGUAAAGAACCAGUUCCACAUGUAGUUGCCCGCCCUUCCCCGAAUGACAUUCUAGAGUGGCAUUAUGUGUUGGAGGGCAGUGAAGGAACUCCUUUUGCAGGUGGAUAUUACUAUGGAAAGAUCAAGUUUCCUCCAGAGUAUCCAUUUAAACCUCCUGGGAUCAGCAUGACUACUCCCAAUGGACGAUUUAUGACACAAAAGAAAAUAUGCCUUUCUAUGAGCGAUUUUCAUCCAGAAAGUUGGAACCCAAUGUGGUCAGUUUCAAGCAUUCUAACUGGGCUUCUGUCAUUCAUGAUGGACAACAGUCCUACCACUGGUAGUGUUACAACUACUGUUGCCGAGAAGCAACGCCUGGCCAAAACCUCUCUUGCUUUCAAUUGUAAGAACACUACAUUCAGGAAAAUGUUCCCGGAGUAUGUAGAGAAGUACAACCAGCAGCAGCAGCAGCAGCUGAUUUCUGAGCAGCUCGCCUCGGAGCAGGUAUCUCCAGCACCACGCCAGGAAGGUUCCCAGCCCUUGUUGGAGAAGCUUGGAAAAUCUAUGCAAGAGGAACACCCAAAAAGAGUAGAAACUGUGAGGGACAAAGUAAACAAGAGGCAGCCAAUCCCAACCUGGAUGCUGUUGCUGCUGUUAUCUAUCUUUGGCGUUGUGAUGGCACUCCCCCUGCUUCAACUUUGAUAUCUGGAUCACAAAAGUGGAGAACCUCACAAAGUACUAUAGGAAAUACAGGCCUUUGCAAUGUGGGAGAGUUUUAUUUUAUCUUAAAAAUGGUGUUUUAGGGUUUUUCAUGUAUCUAACAGAACUUUGUAUAGCAGGCGACACAGGAGGGUCAAUUGGAUAAUCAACUGUUUCUUUUUUAUUUGAUGUUUGCAGUCAGUUUGGCAACUUUCAGACAUGACAUGCAUGUUAUGUCCAUCUUUAGUCGCUGAGGGUUUCUAUUUGGUAAAAUGUCAGAUGGUUUUCUUUGCAGAAA